CUGCUUCUUUUGUUAUGUUUCCUACCAGGAAGGAAGGCCGACAUGGGUCUUGAGGAGCUGGCGCUCCGUCUCAACGACAGCGAGUAUACCAACUGGCUGAAAGCAGGACGGUGUCUGCUCUUACUGAAGGACGGUCUGCAUCCCUUCAUCACCCAACACAUGAGAGAUUUCCACGGAGACCUGCUCAAUCAAAACACUCUGCUACGGAAACCGUGUGAGGCUUCAUGCAGACCGAGAGGGAAUAAGCUUUCCUCACCAUGCAAGGUGUGUUCAGAGUGGCAGACAGUGAUCCUGAGACACCACAGACAGCCCGAUGCCACACUGAACUGGGACAACUGUUUUCCUCCCUACUGGAGAACAGACCACUGGGAACUGGCCAAGGCCUACAUGCCACGGGGUCAGGGGAAGGUGAAGGGGGCAGAACAGUGCGAUACCUCUGCUCUGCUCAACCUAAUCAACUACUGUGAUUGUUUCCAGUCUGUGGAGCCAAAACCUGUGAGAGAGAUGAUCCAUUAUAGGAAUGAGUUGAUGCAUUCUUGUGAGUUGCGUGUGAAAGACAGAUGGAUGAGGUACUACAAAACCGCUCUGAAAAACCUUGUGCGGCAGUUCAGCCACGUACCACAGAUGGUAACAGCAGGACGACAGAUAGAGGAGAUGCUGUCCAUUGAUUUGUCGAUACAUGUCUCUGGUUUGGACCGAAUGGAUUCUGCCGACCUGGAUGGAUUCGAGUGUGAUUCCGUCAGCCAAUGUGAGACCAGCGCCGACUUAAUCAGCCAAUGGGAGGCUGAGUUGCUACAAGAGAGGCUGCAGGAGUUACUGCAGGCUGCUGAUGCUGCUUAUGAUGAUGCAAAGACACAGGACACUGAGCAGUUGAAGAGGCUGAGUGGUUUCCUGCAGGCCAACAAAGAUCUGGGCGAGAGGUUUUCCACGGAGCUCCAAGCCAUCAACUCACUGCAGGCCAGAGAAUAAGAAGAAGGAAGAGGUGGCAAAGAGAAUGAGAAUCACAUUGUGCACCAUGUCUUUACCUAUUUGAAAUAGGUCAAGGUCAGAAUUUAGGCAGAUCAAGGGAUUUGUGACAGAUUGUUUAUGUACAGUAUUGUAAUGCAGUGUAAAUGAAAAAAAAUGAAUUGACUUGUUCCUGAUUGACAGGUCUUUAUUUCAGUCUUAAAUGAAAUCGGACAUCUACCCAGGUGCUUAUACAGCCACAAAAUAAUGAAUCAAUUUUAAAAAAAAAGAUUAGCAAUGACUGAAAAGAUGUAGGCUGAAGUCAUUCCUUAUUAAAACUACCCUUGGUAAAAAAACAAAACAAUUAUGAACAAGCUACCGUCAAGGCAAUAAGUAAAUGUCAAUGGUGCAUAUACACAUUCCUGACCAGAAGCUUGUGAGGCGUUCAUUAAAUCAUCACUGAUAACUAUGUUAAGUGAUUUCUUAAGGGCUUUUUCACAAACUAACAGCUGUGAAAGAUGUGAGAGGAUGUCCAACACAUAUGAGAUGCGUUUUGAUGUCAAUAUAUUCAGAAAUGAGCAAGCUAUUGAAAUUACAACCUUCAAAUGUGCAUAAUAAAUCUUUUUACAAACUCA